CAUCACGUCGUAUUAAGUGGUGAGGAGUGGUGACCACAUGCAAAUAAUAGCCAAGCUCAACCGCGGCAGUGGACAAAUGAGAGACUUGUCAAAAGACAUGGUGAUCUUCCUUUUUGAGGAGCUGAUAUAAUGCGGGGGAAGAGUUGUAAAGGUGGGUUGCACGAGCUCAAAAGGAGUGUUGGCCAAUGGCAGCAGCAAAGUGUUUUCAUCACCUUUAAACACCAGCAUCCCAAGGCUUCCACUUCAGAGGUUGAGAUAAGGUUUGGUGCGGUCGUCUCAACUUUCAAGCCACACAAAGCCACGAAUGGGCGCAUGAGUCGUGCAACAUGGGAGAAAGCUGUGAUGAAAAAAGCCAUGUGAUGGAAGAUUUGGCGGAUCCUUCGGUGCGUCUUGAGCUCCGCUUGACCCCGGAUGGGGUCUUGGGCUUGGACGGGAGGGUCUGGGGACUUGGAGACAUCGUCAUUCCCCUUGCCCCGCAAGGCGCGGAGAGCUCGAGUCAGGUCGGACAUGACAAGCUUUCGUGGGUCCAGGGGGGCGCGAUGGGGGUAUUGAACGUGUCAAGGUUGAGUAUCGAGAAUGAGAUGAAGAAAUUGGAAAGUUUUGCAGCUGAGUUGGGAUAUUUUCAGACUAUGAGUGACCGCGACUGCUGUCCUGCCGUCGGGGUUCAACAUCAUGACGAUAAUGAUUUGGAGAAGCCGAUAAAGACGAUUUGCGGACUCGCCGGGAUGGAUCGGAUUCAUGUACUUUGCUCGAGUCAGUGGACCUGUCAACAAGGUAAAUGUCAGCAACAUGCGCGGGGAGAGCUUGCCAUUGAGUGUGGCAAGCGGGGCCCUUAGACGUCAUUGUCAACAUUGCAAUGUUUAUCGCGACCCGUGUAAGUUGGAGUUCAUUGAAGGAAUUGGUGAUGUUUUUGUUUGUUCAAUCUUGUAAUUCAACUUCCA